AGCCAUCAACUACCGUAUGAACUACGCAUGCUUAAAAAAGCAAGAAUUGUGGGAUGUCAAGUUCCGGAUUUGUCGUCUGCUAGCAUCCAGCUUGGCAUCCUUAGAAACAAACUUUUCUGCAUCACUUUUUUAGAGUUUGUCUCAAAUAGGAUAUCAAUUUUUGAAAAAAAAAAAUCUACAACUAGAUCUACAACCUGAUCAGCUUAAAUAUGGAGUGUGAAUCAAAAAUAUCAAGCAAAAAUGUUAAAAAGAGUUUUUCAGCGCCUAUUAAAAAAACAACAAAUACGCUUGAAGAAUGCAGUAAAGGGCUAUUCAAAAGUGACAAUGUAAAAGUUAAAAAGUCAAAGUGUUUGAAGAAAGAUGAGAAUGUUUUAGAGUUAAAUAAAGAAAAUAUUGAAAAACCUUCAGAUAAAAGUGUGUCAAUUAAACACUCUAAACAAAUAUUUACUUGUGAGGAUGUGAAAGUUAAAAAACAAAAAGGAAAUAUUGUUAAAACACCAAAACAACUUAGUGAUUCUGAUUAUGAGGAGAUAUUCAGUAAUGUCAUAAAUGAUACAGGUAGCAGCAUUGAAAAAGUAACCACAAAGAAUGAUUCCCCUUUGAAGAAUAAAAGUGAUCAUGAUGACACAUUAGUAAAUAAAAAUAAUGACAGUAGUAAUCAAAUAAGUACAAGCAAUAUUGAUGAGAAUAUAACUGACAAGAAUGAUUCUAAUGAUGAUCAAGAUUCAAUUGUCAGUGAUGACAUUGAUAAAUGGGAAAAUUUAUCAAUAUGUCAUCAGGAAGAAAAUGAAACAACACCAAGCAAUCAUUUGAAACCUUUUAAAGAUCUAACUGUUGCUAAGAGUGGACAAAAACUGGACAAACAAAAUAAGUUAUCACCUAAACAAAUAAUAUUCACAAACCCAGAAUUUUCCACAAAAGAGAUGAGCAGUACUGAGUUGGAAACAGAUGUUAAAAAUUCAAAUUUUAGCAAUAAAAAAGUGAUUUCAGAUCCACGUAAAUUAAAAAGGGAAGCAAAGAAAAGGAAAAGUAAUUAUAAAGCUACAAAAGUGAAUAAAAGUUGUGUACAGGGACUUGAUUCAUCUUCAGAUUCAGAAAAUGGCAACUGCAGUGAACCAGAGGAAAAAGGAACAUGGGUGCAGUGCAGUAACAGUGAAUGUCACAAGUGGAGAUAUUUACAGGAUAUUGAAGAUCCAUUGCAUGUGCCAGAGAAAUGGGAAUGCAAGAUGAAUUCUGAUAUAGAGCACAACGCCUGUGAUUUGCCAGAAGUUCAUUAUGAUGAAAGUGAGCAUAUCUUUACUAAAUAUACCCUUGGAUCAAUUGUUUGGGUCAAAAUGGAUGGCUAUCCAUGGUGGCCAGCAAUGAUAGACAAUGAUCCUGAUUAUCAAGUAUACUUUGAAAUACCAACAGAAGACAGUAUGAUUCCUAGUAAUUUUCAUGUUACUUUUUUUGGUAAUUCUGCAACAAGAGCAUGGAUUAAACCUGCUUGCAUUACCCCAUAUUUUAUUAAUGAACCUAAAUUAAAGCCUUCAGUUCGACAUAAAAAAGAAGUUAUUGCUGCAAUAAGAUUAGCAGAUUGUGCUCUAGAUAUGACUCUUAAGGAACGUUUAGAUAAAUACGGAUUUGUUUCAAACUUUACUAAGAAAUCCAAAAUUCUUAAAAAUUCUUUAUCUAAUUCAAUGCUGAAGUGUUCCAAAGUUAAUAAGAAGAUAAAAGAUAACAACACUACACUGCCUACUUGCCAGACUGAAAAUCUUAAUAUGAAGAAUAAAGAUAUUACUAACUUAAACUUAACUGAUAAAUCAAUGAAAGUUGUUUCCGAAGACAAAAACUCUAGUAAGGCUGUCAAACUUGAGGAGAAAGCUGGAGUGCAAUCAACUAUCAGUAACAUAUCUCAGCAAGAGGAAAUUCAUCCCAAAGAAUCUAAAAUGCAAGAUAUUGUUAAACUUCAGCCUGUAGCAAAAGAUGAAAAAAAAGAUUCAAGUAGUGAUAAUUCAAAUAGUAAAAUAUUAAAUAUUUCUGUUCAAAAUGAAUCAAACACAAGUAAAAAGGAUUCCAAGAAAAACAAUAUUCCGACAUUGCAAAUAGAAGCUAAAAUGAGUAAAUUUACACAGGAAUUUCUCCCAGUAAAAGAAUUCAAUGAAAAAAUACAACUUACAGCUAGUCAAAAAAGUACAAAGAAAAAAAGUAAAUUAAUGACAACUAAUAAUCAUAGCCAACAAAGCUUAACUGAUGCUAAAAAAGAAUUGAAAAAAACAAAGAACAAAAAUAAUCUGUCUUCACUAAAACCUGUGAAAAUGUUACAAAGUACAGCUGCAAAUUUAGAAAACUAUUCUGAUGACAAAGAUAAAGAACAUAUAUGCUCACAUAAAAAAGAAGACAUUUCAGAUCAUUAUUUGAACAACUCUGAACAAGAUCAGCAUAUUGAAGAUCAAGAAAUCAACAAAAUGAAAAGUGGCAAACCAAAAAAGUUUAAGUCAAAAAAUGGUAAUCAUUGUAAAUCUGCUGAGAAAAUAAAACAAGAAACAAUAAGUAAUAACAUGAUUUCAACAGAACAAGCUUCAGUAGCUGCUACUAAAACUAAUAUAAAACAUAAAAAUAAUGCUGCUAUUAAAGCUGUGGUUACCAAGAAACUGAAAAAGACAAAUGAAAAGAGUAACACUGAUUUAAGUUUAUCUAAACCUAUUUGUGAAAUUAAGCCCAAGAAGAAGAAAAAUUCAUUUUCUGUUCCUGUUCCAAAAAAUAAUGUAUUAGUAGAGAAAUCUUUGUUAGUUGAAAUCCCUUCUACUAAUGAUAUUAGGUCAGUAACAAAGUUUGAGGAUGAUUCUCAUAUGGUGCCAGACGUAAACAUGUCACUUGUUGGUAAUGAUUUAACCAAUGAAGAUGAACUGGAUCUCAAAAUUGAUUUGGAAGAAACUUUUGUAAAAACUACAGAGAAAAAUGAGAAUAAAAUUUUGGGAAAUAAUGAUCUAUUAAAUUUAAACUGCCUGCCUCUUGAUAACAAAAAGAUUUUAAGUGACGAUGAAAGCAGUGAUUUUAUGUUAGAUAUAGAAACUGAAAAUACAGCUUUUUCUGGAGCAUUAGAUGAAGUACAUGGAAAAUUUGGUGGUCGAUGUUUUGAGCAUGGAUCAGAUUCAGAUCCUUUAGAAUUGAUUGAAGAUUGAUAGUAGUAUAAGGAUUCUUUAAAUUUUUGCUUUCUUAAAGUCAUUUAAUUUUAUCUUUUUUUUUUAUAAUUUCCUCAAUUUAGAAUGUUAACUGUUUAAUUUUCUCCAUUUAGAAUGUUAAUUGUGUAAGUAAGGGUACUUAGUUCACUAUUGUAAAUGUUAAGAGGACACACAUGAUUACAGUAGAUUUUCCUUUGCAACAUCUUGUCAUAACAUAACCUUACCUUUAAAAACUCUGAAUUUAAACCUUCUUCAUUUAUUAUUACAGUUAAUUUAUUGGUCUAGUUAUUGUAAGUGUGUGCAAUGUAAAAAAAAAUAAUUUAUUUGCAAAAAUCAUGUAAAUAAUUAAAUGUAUUGAUUAAUAGUGAAUAAUGUAAUGUUCUUUUUGUCAUGUUAAUGUUAUAGAAUAAAUUAUAUUGUAUUCAGCAAUAUAAAAUACAAUGUGCUAGUACAGAGGCAUCAGAUCUAGUGUAACCUUUAAAAAAAAUCCAGAAUGCUAAUGCACUAAAAGAAUUCAAAAUAUUUUGCUGAUUAAUAAUUUUUAUUUUAUUUUAACAGCACCAAUGAAGUAACAUUGUUACCCAAAUUAUGAUUUUUACCAAUAAAAUCUUAUACACAUUACUUUGUUUCACUUGCUUACAUGUCUUUAUGCAGCUAACUUUAAACCUGCAUUUCACAAAGUCACUGCUACUGUUUAUUUAUAAAAUGUAUAAGGUUCAAAGCAACAGAUGUGAAAUAAUUAAUUAAAUAUUUUUGUUGCCUCCAUUAAGUGAAAAGCUGCCUUUAGUUUUGUGUUGUCUUGUCAGUCUUAAUUGCCUGUAUUCAGACUGAAUGUAAUUACAGGCAAAUCAUGUUUUAAAUGUACAUUUUAUAUGAAUAAAAAAUCUGUGGUUAAGGAGAA